UUGGCGUUAGCAUAGCGCUACUAAAUCUAAUUUGUUUCGGAUACUAAUAGUGCAAUCAUCUGUGUUACAAGUUUUACAAAGCAUUGAUCUAUGACUACGAUUGUAAGCAAUUCUGAAAUGAUUUAAUAUUGCGCGCACGGUGCUCCCCACGGAUCAUACGUAUCAGUCUGAGAGACCUAAUUGACUGAAGAUAUUUUUGGUAGUGUUUACCAAUGAUUUGAUGUAUGGACGAGCGAACAUGAAUCAGCUGUUUUCACAGUGAAGGGGAGUGUGUGAAGAUUCAAAGUACUUGUGGUUUCUGGCUCUCAACUUUGACUCCAAUCAAGUAAUCUGAGGAGAUAAUCGAGAGGGGGUAGUUUGAUUGCAUUUCCAUGCUUCCGUAUCAGUAGCAUAAUGAAUGCGGUGGUAAACUAGAAGAAUUCUUUCAGGAACGCUUUGUGUUCUGUGUUUACAGAUAUAAUAAUUAAUGUUGAUUUUGCAAAAAGUGUAAAAACAAUGUGUAUGUAACAGGAAUCUAAAAAAAUGGGGACAAUUUACAACAAAGUUCACGAUAAUGAUCAUGAUAUUGAUGACCUUGAGAUGAAGGUUAUGAGGUACAAACCGGAAAGCCUUGAUAUUCUCUGCAAGAACACAAAGUUCUCCAAAAAAGAACUUCAGAUUAUGUACAGAGGUUUCAAGCAGGAAUGCCCAACGGGAAUAGUGAACGAAGAGACGUUCAAAGAAAUAUAUGCUCAAUUCUUUCCACAAGGCGACUCGACUGCCUAUGCCCACUACGUGUUCAAUACAUUCGACCAUGACAAAAACGGGUCCAUUAGCUUCGAGGAGUUCGUGAUGGGGUUGUCCGUUCUCUCGAGGGGGACACUUCCAGAGCGGCUCCAGUGGGCGUUCAACCUUUAUGACGUUAAUGGGGACGGCAUCAUCACUAAGGACGAGAUGGUGAACAUCGUGGGUGCCAUCUACGAGAUGAUGGGGCGCUUCACCCUGCCGGCAAUUGACGAGUACAGCGCGCGGGAGCACGCGGAAAAGGUGUUCCAGAAAAUGGACCUUAACACAGACGGUGUGAUAUCAUUUGAAGAAUUCAUGGAAACAUGUAGAAUGGAUGAUAACAUAGUACGCGGCAUGUCUCUCUUUGAUACUGUGAUCUAGCGUGUCGACGGGAGAAAAAAAAGCAUCGGCAUCGGAACAUUGUUGUUCAAAAGUACGAACAGCGACAGCCAUAUCGUGUGCUACUAUAGAUGCCAGAUAUACAUUAUCAAACAUUACCGAUAGCUGACUGAUCUCGCGUGGCAAACGUAAUAUGUAUAUAAUUAAUUCAGUGAACGCGGUGCAAAUAUUAAUGAUAAUUUCCCCGUGACUUGACAAUGUGUGGUACGUCUUAUAGUCGCAUAAAGAGUAUUAGUAAGAACAAUAAUUGUUUUAUCGUAAUGAUAUAUACUGAUUAAAUAAUUUGAUUUCACCGUU